AUGGACUGUACAAUUACAGCACGCAAUUCGAUAAUCAUCGACAGGAUGAUGCAGGUAAUCAAAGCGCCUACUAUUUCAAUUAACACAAUGUAUACGGUUUGUAUUCAGGUGGUUUCUACUGACAAGACGGCUGUUCUUGAAUUUAUCCUUGGCAGCAGUGUGUUUGAAAGCCUGACUUUGAAGAAUAAGCAUUUAUCGAUUCCAAGACAAAGAUUCUACAUGAAGAAGAUGAAGCAUCUAAGAAUAACUACAAAUGAGUAUGUAAUGAUGUUUGAGUAUGUAUUUGAGGGGUAUGUGUUUAGAAGGAGUGUUUUCCAUGCAUAUGCACAGCCAUUUGAAGUUGGAUCUGAGCCAAGGAUGUAUGUGAUAGGCCUUGAUCCAGGGAUGAUGAAAGCGAUGUGCAAGGAAAUCCAGAACGAAAAGGUUGAAGUAAGAAUAUCUAAUGGAAUGGGAGAAGUGCGUGGUAGCAGGACUAUGGUUAGGUUUAAGAUGGAACGCACAGAUGAAUGGAAGGCAAAGGGAAUAGGAAAGAAUCUCAAGAGCAUUUUUGAAACAUCGGAUUUGUUCCAUACUAUGAAGAUGGAGUAUGGACCACAGAGCUCAUCUAUGAAAGUUGUGUUUGUGGGAGACAGUGUUGAAGCAAGUUUUUUUAGUGCAUUAUACACAGGCAGUAAGAGUUAA